CCAAGAGGGCUUGUCCCGUGUACUACUCCCUUAUAAGUUCUUCCAGCGCAGCGGAUUGUGUUUAUCUGUGGCCCAGCUGCGGAGUGGGUCAGCGGCCUUCGAAAAUACGAUCGGCAUGUCAGCGGAGCUUCAGGCGCGGCGUGGUUGGUUUUAACGGUCGGUAGCGUUUGCAGGACUUCGGCAGUGGAAUAUUACGUUACAUUCUAUGUAGCCGGGCGUCUAACUUUGCACUCAAGAAACUUAUACUGGAAUUCAUAUUCAAGUGUUGCUGGUAAUGAAACCGGUCUGUGCUGGAAGACAACAGACUAUGUGAAGGAAGUUUCCAUCUAAAACAAGUUGAAGUUUCAAAAAUUGCCAUGGCGACGUCUGACUCCACCAGCCCGUCUACUGCUGAAGUCAACGGUACGCAGUCUCGCCCUUCCACGGCCGCUGACUCCGCCAUCUCCGAGACGUUUGACGAUCAGGACGGUACCCUGUGUUACGGAGACGAACGUCAGGCCCUGACGGACUACACCAAGUUUUUCAACAAUCCCUCCAUGAGUGACGUAAAGUUGCGAGUAGGUGACAUCACAUACCACGCCCACAAGAUGGUUCUCAUCAGGUCUAGUGACGUCUUUGAUAGGAUGUUGAGUGGCGAGUGGUCGGACUCCGCGAGAAAGGCCGAGGCCGAAGACAUGUACCUCGGGUCGUCCGCCACGUCCAGUGACGCCGAGACCCUCAAACCGACCGCCUCCGACCUGGACGCGGACGAAGAGAUCGCUGCAAUUCUAGCCAUGUCGCCAGGGGGCGUUCUACUGACAGAUUGUCCCACGGGAGGCGCCAGUAGUCCAGGAGAAAAGGCUCUACCUGUGUUUGAAGCUGACGACAGCUACCAGGACACCUCUCUGUCCUCUAUAGUGGACGAGCGGAGGUAUACCUGCCUCUACCAGGUGCGAGAACCGCCUCACAGACACAGGACGUGCAGGGCAGACGUCACACCCGAGGCAGAGGGUGGGCUUACAGAAGGGGCGGUGGGUGGCUGCGUUGAAGACGGGAAAGAUAUCAGAAAGGUAUAUCAUUUUGUUGAAGAAUCCAACUCGCAGGUGUUUUAUGAUUGUCAAGAUGAAGUUAGCGGGGUUGACAACAUGGCGGACAUUCCUAGACAGAGGACAGAGAGGGGUCGGGCCGACGGAGCGCCUCCCGUUCCAGAGCGGAGGUCACGGCCAAUUAGAACCGUGCAGCCGGUCAAUAUGGCGCGCGGCAAAAGUGGCCCUGGCGAGAUUUACUUCUGCGAGGACAAGAAAGCCCUGGAGGAGCUGUGUUUUUCAUGCGAAAGUUCGGACGAUUCUGACGACGACUUCUCGGAAUGUUCGUUCGACAGUGCCAUAGCGUCUUCCUCAACGUUUAUCUUCGACGAAAGGAACCAGGAGGUGGAGUUGAUCGAGCCGUACGAGUGUAUCGAGGUGUUCCCGCGCUUUCUGAAGUUCCUGUACGGAUGUCACGUGGUGUUGAACAGAGAGAACACCCUGCCUGUGCUGGUGUUGGCAGACAAGUACAACGUGGCCGACCUGAGGCAGGUCUGCAUCAAGCACGCCGUCAAGCAGAUCAUUCCCAAACUGCAGCUCAAAGAGGUAUUCCACGUGUGGUUCCAAUACGCCACUAAAUGCUACCACAAGGCCCUGAUUGGCGCAUGCGUGCAGUCCCUGGCAGGGCGCAUGGAUGACAUCAUGUCCUCUGACGAGUGGGAGCAGGAGUGGACCAACCUGGACCAGGAACAGCUGGUGGAGUUCCUCUGCAGCUCGGAUCUAAGGAUCAAGGACGAGUUUGAGCUGUUCCGGGCGGUAGAACGCUGGCUGAACGCGACUGGUCACCCCGAGCGGCGGGAGAACCUGGAGGUCCGGCUGAAGGUACUGCUGCAGCACAUUCGCUUCCCGAUGAUGGCGCCCGAGCAACUGUGCGAGGUGGAGAUGAGUAAACUGGUGCACCAGUUCCCACAUCUGUUCGUCACGCUACUGCUACAGGCCUACAAGUUCCACUGCCUUCCCCUGACCGGCCGCGCAGCCAAUAAGGACUUCCGUACGUCCAACUACCUCCUGCGGAACUACACCGCUCUGGGGUGGAACCACCGUGUCGUCAUCAGGGGCUUCCACGAACUCGCCAAGAACUGUGAACUCACCUCACGAUUCCAGACACGAGCGUCGGCGUACCCUCAGACAGUGUGGGACUGGGAGUUGAAGAUUUUUCCCAAAGGCGCCACCAACUUCGACGAAUUCCGAGCGGUACUGCAGGCUAACCUGAUCCUAGACCAGUGCCGUCCCAUCGAAUUCUACAUCAGCCUGGUGGACAACGACCAAAUUCUGCGAGCUGUCGCCGGCAGAAAAAACUUCACCAAGUCCCGCUACACUGCUGAUACGGAGAUAGAGAAGGCCGUGGCGCUGUCGGAACUAAACGCGCCGGACUCCGAGCUUCUGUGUGGCGCGAACGUCAUUCUACAAAUCAUGAUCAGACCUGUGCAAUAGCUGAGGAUUUAGAAUUGAAGAGCAAUAAUUAUCAACACACACUAUCUCUAGGAUCAUCCCUAGAUUUCCAUAAACAUCGCCCCAUUUUCCCAGGGGCUUUGUUUUCAAGUCUAGAGUAUGGGUUUCCCAUGGUACGAUUCCCAGAGAUCAAAUUCAAAUUGCCCGGAUGUAUAGCAGAAGCCAUGAGUUUUUGGCAACGCCUAUGGGGCGGGGCGAGUGACGUACUGCGAUCUAGGUCUCCGUCAAAGUUCAAAAGAAAGACGAUGUGAAAUUGACAAGAACAGUGAUGAAACAACGAUGUCAAUCAAAAGUUAUGGUAACUUCAUAUUCAUGCCAUAAAUGUGUUAGAGUAUGCCAAAUCCUGCGUUAUAAAUGCAUAAGCGAAGCAAAUUGUGAACAGUCAGCAUAAUUUCCAAUAAUGACUAAUAGUAUGCUUGUUGCCAUUGGCUUUACAUUUCAAGAAAGAUAUCAUUGUGAUUAUAGUGUGCUAUUUCCAAGAAUAAAAGAUUUAUGCACUUUCAAAA